AUGGCCAAUCCCGCAGACAUCCCAAUCAAGCUCACUGAGCUUUUACAGCUGAAAUCCAUCGGAGUUUCGACCGUUGAAUCCGACCGCUUCGUCUGCGUACGACAGAAUGUCGGUGGCCAACAGCAGAUCGUUGUCGUCAAUCCCAAAAACCCAGAUGAAACCAUCCGUCGUUCCAUCCCUGGCGAGAGUGCUAUUAUGCAUUGGAAUAAAUACAUUCUAGCCGUCAGGUCGGAAGACGGAAAUCUCCGAAUCAUAAACCUCCAGACGGAACAGAUACUGAAGGACGUUAGAUUUAGAGUCAAGAUAUUGUUCUGGAAAUGGAUUAAUGAGCGUUCUCUUGCCCUGGUGACAGCAACCCAUUCCUACCACUGGGACGUAUUCGGCGAGAAAACCCAGCCUGUUGAAGCAUCUGUGCAUAAAGAAAGGAUAGAUGAGGAGCAUUGGAAAGUCUUUAACUACCAAACUACAGAUGAUGAGCAAUGGACGGCAGUUAUUGCUGUUCAGGCCCAAGACAACAGCAAGCCCACUCUGGGGAAGAUUCAACUUUAUUCCCGUGCGCGAUCCGAAUCCCAAGUAAUCGAAGGGCACGCAGCAGCCUUUGGCAAAAUCCGCGUCGCCGGAAACCCUGCUGAGACGAAAAUCUUCACGUUUGCUGUUCGAACUUCAACCGCUGCGAAAAUACACAUUGUGGAAAUCGACAACGAAAAUCCCACUAAAAAAUUUCCCAAGAAAGCUGAACAGCUCUUUUUCCCGCCAGAGGCCAUUACAGAUUUUCCCUCUUCUAUUCAGCUUUCUAGGAAGUACGAUAUCGCUUACAUCGUGACGAUGUUCGGUUUCAUUCAUCUGUACGAUCUGGAGAGUGGUAGCUGUCUGUUUUUGAACAGAAUUUCUUCUAGAUCGAUAUUCGCCACGGCCCUUGAUUCGGAAUCGGCGGGUCUCGUUGGAGUUAACCGCGAUGGCCAAGUUCUUGCCGUCAGCGUCGAUGAGGACAAGAUAAUCCCAUACAUUUUACAAAAGCUCAAUAACGAAGGACUUGCAGUCAGACUCGCGUCGAAGGGAGGACUUCCAGGAGCGGAUGGUUUUCUGAAGAGAGAAUUCGACUCAAUGGUGGCACGGGGAGAUUAUGUCCAAGCUGCCAAGAUUGCAGCUAACUCUCCCCGCGGAUUCCUUCGUACGCCUGCGACCAUUAAUCUCCUCAAGAAUGCUCCGCAGCCCGCAACAGGCAUGUCCGUUAUCUUGCAAUAUUUUGGAAUGCUCCUUGAUCAAGGCGGUAUGAACCAAUAUGAGAGUGUGGAGCUGGUGAGACCUGUGCUGCAGCAAGGUCGAAAACAUCUCCUGGAAAAAUGGAUGUCCGAAAACAAACUUGGGUGUUCGGAGGAACUGGGUGAUCUGGUGCGCCCACAUGAUAUGAAUCUUGCACUCAACAUCUACUUGAAAGCCAAUGUGCCUCACAAGGUGGUCGCCGGCUUUGCCGAAACCGGCCAGUUCGACAAGAUCUUGGCCUUCUCGAAGCAAGCCGGAUACCAGCCAGACUACAUUCAGCUCCUCCAGCAUAUUGUGCGCGUCAACCCUGAGAAGUGUGCGGAGUUCGCAACACAACUUGCCAGCGAUGAAAAUGGCGCUCUUGUGGACUUGGAUCGUGUCGUUGAUGUGUUCAUUUCUCAGAACAUGGUUCAACAAGCGACUGCUUUCCUGCUCGAUGCACUGAAAGAUAACAAGCCUGAGCAUGCACAUCUUCAGACGAGAUUGCUUGAGAUGAACCUUGUUAAUGCCCCGCAGGUCGCGGAUGCCAUACUUGGCAAUGAGAUGUUUACACACUACGAUAAAGCAAGAAUAUCGCAGCUUUGUGAAAAUGCACAGCUCUACCAACGUGCUCUGGAGAAUACCGACGAUCCUGCUGUCAUCAUGCGAAAUAUUGUCCGCACAGACAAGCUGAACCCAGAAUGGUUAAUCAACUAUUUUGGACGCCUGUCGGUCGAGCAGUGUUUGGAGUGUAUGAAUGAGAUGCUGAAAACCAACCUCCGACAAAACUUGUCGGCUGUUGUUCAAAUUGCCACCAAAUUUUCAGAUCUCCUUGGUCCGACUAACUUGAUCAACCUCUUCGAGAAGUAUCGAACUGCUGAAGGCCUUUACUAUUACCUUGGCAGCAUUGUAAAUCUAAGCGAAGAUCCGGAUGUCCAUUUCAAGUAUAUUGAAGCUGCAACGGCAAUGAACCAACUGACCGAGGUAGAGCGCAUUUGCCGGGAAAGCAAUUACUACAACCCAGAGAAAGUUAAGAAUUUUUUGAAGGAAGCUCGCCUAACCGAGCAACUGCCUUUGAUCAUUGUUUGCGACCGUUUCAACUUUAUUCAUGACCUUGUAUUAUAUCUUUAUCAAAGCCAGCAGUAUCGGUCCAUUGAGGUCUACGUCCAACGCGUUAACCCAUCCAGAACUCCAGCUGUCGUCGGCGGUUUGUUGGAUGUUGACUGUGAGGAGAGCAUCAUCAAGAACCUUCUGUCUACGGUUGACGCUGCAUCAAUUCCCAUUGAUGACCUUGUUUCCGAGGUCGAGUCUCGAAAUCGCCUUAAGAUCCUUCUUCCAUUCCUGGAGAAUACACUUGCCACUGGGAACCAGCAACAAGCCGUUUACAACGCUCUCGCCAAGAUUUAUAUCGAUAGUAAUAACAACCCAGAAAAAUUCUUGAAGGAGAACGAUCUCUACGAUCCUCUUAUCGUUGGAAAGUAUUGCGAGAAGCGUGAUCCCAACCUUGCCUACAUUGCCUAUCGCAAGGGACAGAACGAUCUUGAGCUCAUCAAUAUCACCAAUGAGAACUCCAUGUACCGCGCUCAAGCUCGUUAUCUUUUGGAGCGUGCGGAUCCCGAAAUAUGGGCUUUUGUUCUUAACGCGAAUAACAUCCACCGCCGGGCAUUGGUAGAUCAAGUCGUCGCUACUGCCGUGCCUGAGUCUGCGGAGCCGGAUAAGGUGUCUAUUGCCGUCAAGGCCUUCCUCGAUGCCGACUUGCCAGGCGAACUCAUCGAACUUUUGGAGAAGAUCAUUUUGGAACCAUCCCCUUUCAGUGAUAAUAGCAGCCUGCAAAAUCUGAUGAUGCUUACCGCUGCCAAAGCCGAUAAAGGCCGCCUCAUGGAUUACAUCCAUAAACUUUCUGAGUUCAAUGCCGAUGAAAUUGCGACGAUGUGUGUUUCUGUGGGUUUGUACGAGGAGGCUUUUGAAAUUUACAAGAAGGUUGACAACCAUCUGGCUGCCACCAACGUCCUUGUCGAUUCCAUUGUUAGCAUCGACCGUGCACAGGAAUAUGCGGAGGGUGUUGAACUUCCCGAAGUUUGGAGCAAGGUAGCGAAGGCUCAGCUGGAUGGGCUCCGCAUUUCUGAUUCUAUUGCGUCAUAUAUCCGAGCGGGUGACCCGUCCAAUUAUAAUGAAGUAAUCGAAACUGCCACGCAUGCUGGGAAGGACGUUGACCUUGUCGAGUUCCUUAAAAUGGCUCGGAAAACGCUACGGGAACCUGCUGUUGAUACCGCAUUGGCCUUCUGCUAUGCCAGGUUGGAUCAAUUAAGCGAGCUAGAGGACUUCUUGCGAGGUAUAAACGUCGCAGAUGUGGAGGCGUCUGGUGACAAGGCUUAUGAGGAAGGCUUCCAUGAGGCUGCCAAGAUAUUCUAUACCAGCAUCUCCAACUGGGCAAAACUUGCCACUACUCUCGUCCACCUCGAAGAAUAUCAGGCCGCUGUUGAGUGCGCUCGGAAAGCCAACAACAUCAAAGUAUGGAAGCAAGUCAACGAGGCGUGUGUUUCUAAGAAAGAAUUCCGUCUUGCUCAAAUUUGCGGUCUCAAUCUCAUUGUUCACGCUGAAGAAUUGCAGGAUUUAGUUCAUCAAUAUGAGCGAAAUGGCUAUUUCGAUGAGCUUAUUGCUGUUUUGGAGGCUGGGCUCGGCCUGGAGAGAGCUCACAUGGGUAUGUUCACGGAAUUGGGUAUCUCUUUGUCCAAAUAUCACCCAGACAAAGUUAUGGAGCACCUGAAACUAUUUUGGACACGAAUCAACAUCCCUAAAAUGAUCCGGGCCUGCGAAGAGGCAAACCUGUGGCCAGAGCUGGUGUUCUUGUACUGUCACUAUGAUGAAUGGGAUAAUGCUGCACUAGCAAUGAUGGAAAGGGCAGCGGACUCCUGGGAGCACCACUCUUUCAAAGAUAUCAUCGUCAAGGUUGCAAAUCUCGAAAUUUACUACCGCGCGUUGAAUUUCUACCUUCAGGAACAACCACUGCUACUGACCGACCUUCUGCAAGUCCUUACUCCACGUAUUGAUGUCAACCGUGUCGUUCGCAUGUUUGAGAAAUCCGAUAAUAUUCCUCUUAUCAAGCCAUUCUUGCUUAACGUACAACCACAGAACAAGAAGGCCGUCAAUAAUGCUAUUAACGACUUGUUGAUUGAAGAGGAAGAUCACAAGACCUUGCGAGAUUCGGUGGAGAAUUAUGACAACUACGAUCCUGUGGAGCUAGCGCAGAGACUUGAGAAGCAUGACCUGGUCUUCUUUAGACAAAUCGCGGCCAGCAUCUACCGCAAAAACAAGAGAUGGGAGAAAUCGAUUUCUCUUUCAAAACAAGACAAGCUCUUCAAGGAUGCUAUCGAGACUGCGGCUAUCUCAGGAAAGACUGAAGUUGUGGAAGAACUGCUAAGAUACUUCGUGGAUAUCGGUAGCCGAGAAUGUUACGUUGGCAUGCUAUACGCCUGCUAUGACCUCAUCCGACCAGAUGUGGUUAUGGAAAUCUCAUGGCGCCACAGACUGACCGACUUUUCCAUGCCCUACAUGAUCAAUCUUCUUAGCCAACAAGUCCGCACUGUUGAGCUUCUCAAGAAGGACAACGAAGAACGCAAGGCCCGCGAAGCGUCCCAGAAAAAGGAAGAAGACAACACCCCAGUUCUAGGUGGAUCACGACUUAUGCUCACCCAAGGCCCAGCGGCGGCGCCGCCAUCUGCAAGUCCCAUUCCGUUUGGCCAUACGAACGGUAUCACGCCCCAGCCCACUGGAUUCCGACCCUUUUGA